AUGCCGAAAGAUAUUGUUUCUGAAGCUCUCGAGGACCAUAAUGUCAUAAAGGAUCUUAAUGGUAGAUAUAUGAAAGAGAUUAAUCCCAGUGAACAGCAAAAGAUUGCUAAUACUAUUGUGAGAGAACUUGCCGUUCACUCGGCCACUGAGGAAAUUUGUGCGUAUCCGUUGAUCGAAAAACAUCUUCCAGACGGCAAAAAAAUUGCCGAUAAAUCUCGUGAAGAACACUUACAACUCAAAAAAGAUUUAUAUGAACUUGACAAGAAGAACGUUAAUGAUGAAGGAUACGAUACUCUAAUCAAAAAGAUUAUUGAGGAAUUUGAGGAGCAUAUUAAAGAUGAAGAAAAUGAAAUCUAUCCAAAACUUAAAGCUAAUUUGAGCGAUAAAAUAUUAAUGGAAGAGGGAGAGAAGUACGAAAAAACUCGAAGUACUGUUCCUACUCGACCAUUUAAAUCAAUAUUCCCUGAGGAAUUAUAUGAAGAAGUUCUUUGGCAAUAUAUUAAACCUAAAAAUGCCCUUAAAUUCGAUUUAAUUCAUCCUCCACGAUCUGAACGUGAUAAACCUAUACUUAGCAGGGUUCGAGCGAAUCAUGUUGAUAAUGCUAUUUAUAUUUAUCCAAGUUAUGGUCCUCAAUGGGGUCAAAAUGAUUUGAGAACUUGGGGAAGUUUUAAUGCGGAUUGUUGUCAGUGUCUACGUCAAAGAUAUGAAUUCCCAAUUAGAUCGAGUCCUGAUGUGUUUUCAGCUGAGGAAUUUGAG